AUGGCUGAGGAUUGGCUUGACAAGAAGGCAGUGCAGGUUCAGAAGACGAAUUGGGGCCAGGUUCAAGGCACCAUGUCUAAUGAGACCCAACGACUGUCGCACCAUUUGGAAGCACUGACAAUAGAUGAGACAGAACGCUUGCGCGCUGACAUUAGCACUUACAAAGCCCGGGCACGGCAUCCGCGAGACGGGGAUAUUCAAAUUGGCUGGAGCUGUGCAGACAAGGUCUUGGUUGGCGCCGGACUGAUAGCCGGGGCGACGCAGAUCACCGUACUCAAGCUUGUUCCCGUUUUUCUCCGGGUCUUGGGAUUUGCAGCCGAGGGAGUCACGGCUGACUCCCUCGCGGCAAAAUGGCAAAGCUCCAUUGGAAACGUCGAGAAAGGCAGCCUCUUUGCCAUCCUGCAGUCAAUAGCCAUGGCCGGGAUAUCCUCCGAGAGCUAUGUCUUGGUGCUUGCGACUACCGACGGCACCUGCGCAAGCUCCGCCAUUCCCAUCUUGGAAAAGGUGUGCAAACCUCAAGAAAUCCACGUCAUCGGCUCUGGCGAUCCAGAAGGCCGCUAG